AUGCCGCCUAAAGGCUCUCGCAAGGCUGUGGUGGACCCGCUAGUUGCUGACACCAAUACUCUUACGGAUCCUGCAUUGUCAACCACGGGAGGGAAGAAUGAAGAGUCAGUGAUCACGGCAGCUCAAGUUGUGGACAACGCUGCUGGCUCGUCUGGACUCUCAGUAGAAGAGAAGUGUGACACUAUUGUGGAUCUGGACGAUGCUGUUGAAGAGUUGGUGGACGACUCCGACGAUGAACUGGAUGUUGACUUCAAGGCUGAUGAGCUUUCUGCCUCCCUGCGUGUGAACCCGCUUAUACUGCCGAUCGUGCUGGAUCCUGCAGUUGCUCUCAUCUCCACCGGCAACCUGCGGGGGGAAUGGUUGUGCACUCAAACGGGCUACAGGAAGGCGCACGGAACGUCCCUCAUGGAUGUUGCCGCUCACAUCAAGCUGGCGAACCAUCUGCAGCAUCUCGAGACGCUCGGCACUCCCACCAAGCCCACCCUCGAGAAAGCAAGUCUCAGCGCGAUCAAGAAGGACUACGAGAUUUAG